UGGUGAAAAUGGUGAAAUAACCUAAAUUAUAAGAAAACACACUUAAUUUGUAAUGGACAUGUCAAAACAAGAACUAAAUGAAAUGGUGAAGCCUAUAAUGUCACCAACGAGGAGAGAAUGGACCAAUAUUGACAAAACCAUUGCAUGUCUUCUUUUCUUUCUUCAUGCACUCUGUAUUUUUGCCCCAUUUCACUUUACUUGGAGUGCAUUUUGGGUUGCCGUUGUCUUAUAUAGCAUUACUGGUCUUUUCGGCAUCACUAUUUCGUAUCAUAGAAAUCUUUCGCAUAAGAGUUUCAAGCUUCCUAAAUGGCUUGAGUAUUUAUUUUCUUAUUGUGGAGUUCAGGCAUUUCAGGGUGAUCCAAUUGAUUGGGUAAGUACGCACAGAUGUCACCAUCAAUUUGUUGAUACUGACAACGAUCCUCAUGAUAGUAAUCAAGGAUUUUGGUUUAGUCAUAUCACUUGGGUUUUGGAUUCCUACAAUUUGACUAAGAAGGUUUGUGGUAAGUACUUCAAUGAGUCCAAAGAAACAAAAAAAUACUUGUUCAAAGAAACAAAAAAAUACUUGUUCGCAUUGGUAACGAAGCAUGAGAGACCAGAUAAUGUUAAGGACUUGGAGAAACAAAUAUUCUAUACGUUUAUUCAUAAAACGUAUCUUCUUCAUCCAAUUGCUUUGGCAGUCUUGCUCUAUAUGGUUGGAGGACUUCCUUUUGUUUUAUGGGGAAUGUGUGUGAGGAUUGUAAUGUCAUAUCAUGCAAUAUUUAUGGUUAAUUCAGUAUGUCAUAAAUGGGGAAAGAAACAAUGGAAUACUACUGAUUUAUCCAGAAAUAAUUGGUGGGUGAGUCUCCUUACUUUUGGAGAAGGUUGGCAUAACAACCACCAUGCAUUCGAGUAUUCAGCCAGGUAUGGACUUGAAUGGUGGCAACUUGACUUUGCUUGGUAUGUUAUUAUGUUCCUUAAAGCAAUUGGAGUGGCCACAGAUGUCAAAUUGCCAACUCAAAGCCACAAGCAAAGGAUGAAACUAGAGCACAUCAAUUGAAGACUUUCUAAAAUGAUGCUUUAUUAUACUGAAAUAUAUAAUCAUGCAUGCCGUAUAAUUAUUGUUUGAAUUAGAUGUAAUCUCCAACUAUAUAUAAUAUUCAUGUAUUAGGGGUAUAGGAUUUAUGAAGAAUAAGAUAUUGUAGUUUUAAAAA